AGACUUGAUGUGCACAACUUGGAAAGCAUCUGAAUUUCUGCAUGAAAUUAAAUCUGCCCCAGACCUCGGGAUUGUCACCACAUCACCUGCGGGCUAGGAGAAGCGGCAAGGCUUAGAUACAUUUAUUGGUGUGUAUUCUCUCUUUUUAUGGGAUAGCGUCCUCUCUUCCCCAGCGGUGGGUUGCAAGAGCAAGUGACGUAAGUAACGUGAAAGAACACUGUGCUCGGGCAAGUCAGGUGGUCCAUGGAUAGAAUUAUGUCGCCAUGUUACAUUAGUGCCCUGAGAGGAAGGGACAGCACUUUGGAAGGAAAAUGGAAUUCGGCUUGAGCUGUUCACAGGGCCCCUUGUCCUCACGCUGCUGGAGAGCGCACUCGGCCAGGCCGGGCCUUCCUCAGACACGUUGACACUAGGAAAUGACAGCAGUGCACGCCCCCACCCAGGAAGCUGUCUUGCCACGUCUUCAGAGCCUACCUCUAUAGGAUUUGGAAUGAAAAGACUUUUUUGAGUAUUAAUUUUCUGAACAUGUAGAGUGAACAGUAAAUUAAUUUAGUACCUGGUGGAUUUGCCAUAGGAAAAAAUGUAACCUUUGAGUCCUGAUCAAGGUCACCUAUUCAGCAGGACUUUGACCUUCGAAGUACCCAUUUGCAUUGCUUCUGCUGGCAUUCUCUGGGGAGAGAAACCAGCAGAGCUGUGCACAGUCACCUGGGGGGGCUGGCCCCUGGCGGCCGUGACUAAGCCCCAGAGUGAUAGUCAGUUGGAGCCCCAUUAUCUGCAGCCAUGGGCAGCAUCCUCAAGGAGGGAAGAGGACCAGUGUCCUGGCCUUGCCACCUUUCGUUGAGCAAAUAACUCUAAGAUUGUGGAUGGCUCCCAGCAACGCUGAGGAACAAAGUUGGAUUGCCUCAGGACGGAGCGCUACAGUACAAAGAGCACACAAUUUGUAGCAUAUGCCCUUUUGACACAGAAAGUGCAAGCAUUUUGCCAGACGGGCUGGAUGAGCUGCUCUCCAUUCCUGGCUGACACACAGCUAAGACGGGGUGAGUGCCCUUACUCAGCAGGCGGCGUUAUUCAUCUGCAGCAGACGCCCUGUCUUUCUCCUGUCAUCCGCCACGCUGACCCUAUUACGGAUCUGUCAUGAAUGUUCCUUCAUGUUUCUAAAGCGUCUCUGAUACUGAAUUAAGUCUCUUGGGACCAACUCCAUUUCUCCCUCUGAAUUAUGUGCAUCUCCUGGCUGGGUCUCCUUAGCCUGAACAGGAUGCCUCGGUGGCUUCAGUCAUGCCACAGUACUGGGAGUGUGACAUCAUCACAAUGAUUACCUCUCUUCAGUAGUGAAGGAUCACAAUGGAAAACACCACUGUCUUUUAAGCCGUGGCAACUCUUUUGCCCCCAGAAAGCCAGUGAUAUUGUUAUUCUUUUGAGCUGAUGAGAAAAUAAUUGAGUAAUCUGGAUACCAUUUGGAGAUGUGCUUUGUUUCCCUGGCCCCAAGUGGACCUGUCUUAUUCAGGAAUAUCCUAACAGCUGUAGAAUGCCCUGCACAGAUGGCAUCUCCAUGUCAGGGCCUUUUAAGUCAGCACAGAGUGUGGAAGAAGGGGAGAGUGACAGUGAAAUGCCCCAGGCCAGGAGACCUUUGUCCCCCACUGUGAGGGCUCUAAGCGGUUCACCAGCGCUUACUGGCGAGCUCCACAUGUUACGUGAUCACACUCUCCCUGCUCGCGUGCCUUUUCUUCUCCAGGCUGUCUGCCCGUCAUAAUGGGACACUUUAAGGACGCUUUUGUGUUUCUGCAGUUAGAACAGUGGAUUAAUGAAAUACAGUGUUGUUAUGAUUCAAAGUUGCUGACUGACCAAGGCAGUUAGAGUAUGAGUACUUACUGAAUCACAUUUAAAUUUGUUACAAAUAAAAUGUAAUACCACACUAUGAUAGGGAUGGCUGCUGGCAACACUUUUACUCCAUUCCCCUCUGCCCCCAUGGGGUAUGUAGAAGAAAAUACUGACCUCUACAUAUAGGCGCAUCCCAUUUUGUGCCACCAUGGCGGGUAAGGUGGUCGUGUCAUUUCGGGGUGUUUUAGUAUAUCCUGUUUUCUUUGCGCAAGGUAUGCCUGUAAAGGAAGCACCUAAAUAGGAAGCCCAUGGAAACAAAGGCUUUUCAACCCUGAAGCCCUUACAUUCCCCUGGCACCACAGCUGCACUCCACAGACUGGCAGCGGGGACCCAUUUGCAGGCCUCCAGGGUGCCAGGCACUGUGCUAGGGCUUAAGGUGCAGCAGUGAACAGCCUGGAGUCCGUGCGAGGAGGUGGGGAAUAGACUCACACUUACAGCCCCUCCCAGACACAGACUAGAACUGGGGACAGGGCGGUGAUGCACCAGGUGCCGAGUCUGGGGGCCAGGGCUUCCGGGAGGAAGUAAACUUUUACUGAGACCUAAAGGAUAAGUAGACAGUGCAGACCCAGGAGAGGUGGGCAGGAGAGAGGCCCGAGAAGAGUGUUCUGGGCAGAGGAGGAGCCAUGAGAGGGCACCAGGGUGGGAGAAGCACCCGGAGGAAAGCUGGUGCCACCAGGAGCCCUGGGGAUAGGAGAAGUGAGGGUGGUGGGGCCAGUCACAGGGCCGGGCAGGCCAGUCCGAUUCUCAGAGCAGCAGGAACCGUUGGAGGUUUUUAAGCAGUCUCCAUUUAAAAAACCAAAUCACUCUGCUGCCACAUGGAGAGCAGAAUGGAGCAGGCAGGAGAGGACAGGGGAGGCUUUCUGGCAGGGAUUCGGGUGAGGGUGAGGACGGCCUCAGCAGUGGCGAGGGGUACAGUUGAGCGGAUCUGAGAACUGCUUUCAAAGCAGGAUGCCAGCGACAUCAUGGACUGGAAGUGGAUGGCAGGGGAUGCCAGCGUCAAGUCCACCCCCAGGUUGUGUAGCUGGGGACAGCAUUUGUGAGAGGUAGGAUGCUAGGCCUAGGGCAGCUCUCCUGUCAUCUGAGACCUACUAAAUUCUGGAUCACAUUUCAAUGCUUCUUUCUCACAUGGGCUCUGCUUCUUCCAUCAGCCAACAGAAUCCUGGAUUUGAGUCUGUCCUUUGGAAGUAGUGGUCAGGCAGCUCUGCUAGAGUUCCCACUUCCAAACCGCUUUCAGCUCUUCGGGAUUCAGCCUCCAGGUUGCCCUUGGAGUGGAGUCUGUGGCUUUCCCCUGAGCAGCGCCUGGAAAGUGUCUUCGUGUGACGAAAGUUAUUUUUCAGUGCUGUACAAGCGUCUUGAAUUACUCUGGUAGCUUUUCCAGAAAGACCCAUGACUUCACCACAUUUCUCGAGUUAUGAUGAAGGUCCCCUGGAUGUCAGCAUGGCAGCCACAAACCUGGAGAACCAGCUGCACAGCGCACAGAAGAACCUCCUGUUCCUUCAGCGGGAGCAUGCCAGCACGCUCAAGGGGCUGCACUCCGAGAUCAGGCGGCUGCAGCAGCACUGCACAGAUUUAACAUAUGAGCUGACAGUCAAAAGUUCGGAACAGACAGGAGAUGGGACUUCUAGAAGCAGCGAAUUAAAGAAAAGAUGUGAAGAGCUGGAAGCCCAACUGAAAGUGAAAGAGAACGAAAAUGCUGAGUUGUUGAAAGAACUGGAGCAGAAAAACGCGAUGAUCACAGUGCUGGAGAACACCAUCAAGGAGCGGGAGAAGAAGUACCUGGAGGAGCUGAAGGCCAAGAGUCACAAGCUGACCCUGCUAUCUAGCGAGCUGGAGCAGCGGGCCGGCACCAUCGCCUACCUGACCUCCCAGCUGCACGCUGCCAAGAAGAAGCUCAUGAGCUCCAGCGGGACCUCAGAUGCCAGCCCGUCAGGGAGCCCCGUGCUGGCCAGCUACAAGCCAGCACCCCCCAAAGACAAGCUACCUGAAACGCCUCGCCGCCGCAUGAAAAAGAGCCUCUCAGCCCCCUUGCACCCGGAAUUUGAAGAGGUCUACAGAUUCGGGGCAGAGAGCAGGAAACUUCUUUUGCGGGAACCAGUGGAUGCUAUGCCCGACCCUACCCCAUUUCUACUGGCUAGGGAGUCCGCCGAGGUCCACCUCAUCAAAGAGAGGCCCCUCGUCAUCCCCCCCAUCGCCUCUGACCGAAGCAGCGAGCAGCACAGCCCGGCCCGCGAAAAGCCGCACAAGGCCCAUGUUGGGGUGGCGCAUCGGAUCCACCACGCCACCCCGCCGCAGGCCCAGCCCGAGGUGAAGACCCUGGCGGUUGACCAGGUGAACGGAGGCAAGGUGGUGAGGAAGCACUCAGGGACGGACAGAACUGUGUGAAGCCCGCCGGGCCCCACCCCGCGCUGUCCAUGCACUGUGAGCACCACUAGGAAAUCUCAGCCACACCUUUUCUGUUUAAUUCCCAUGCAUGCCAAACUCUUUUCACACCUACCGACCAAUUCUCCUGCUCCUCUUGCCCUCUUCUUCACACCAAAAUAUGAUUGUGUCCCUGCUGCAGAAUAUGUAUUUCCUAAUUGCUGUGGCCAAAUGCCUGUGUGCCGAAUCGCUUGCUUCUGAUCCCGCUCCGUGUAACCUAAGUGCGCUGCGGACAAAGCCCAGGCCACGGCUGCGUCACUCCUGAUGUUCACUAUGCCACAUAGUUACACACCUAAUUCAUUCUCAAGUCGGAGCAACACAUACCAACCUUGACCUUAUCCUCAGGCUCCAGGGCAGCCUGGCCGAGCAGCCGCUGCUCCCUCCUGGAGACCCCUGUCACCUCCUGACUUCCUCCUGGAGACCCUGUCACCUCCUGACCAACCUUUCCCAGGGCGGCACCGAUCACCGAGCAGCCGUGUGUGUAUCUCAAGGAACUAAAUAAGAUGACGCUACUCCUCAUGGCACCACAACCAGAAUGUGUGUUCAUAUUUUUUUUGUUAGUUUUAUCCAAAAUGUUUCAGAUCCCAACAAACUUUAUUUUCUAAACCCGC